AUGGCAUCAAACACAAAUUACACGGAAGUCCACGACCUGACUAUUGUACGAGGAACGGUUGACGAUGGUCCAGCGGUCCUUCAUCUUCUCGACAUUGCAGUGAAAUGGUUGGAAUCGCAAGGCAGAACUGGGCAAUGGGGGACAGCAUUGUUUUCCGAGAAUUUGCAACGAGUUGAGCAAUUCAGAGAACUCGCAACAACAGGGCAAGGUCUUUGGCUCGCGGUCAAUGAUGCUGGUGACACUCCCAUACCGGGCCAAGAUCGACACUUCAAUAUCAACUCUCCAACCGAGAACGGCGGAGCUCCGAGGGUCAUUGUAGGAGCGCUUGCUCUCGGGGAGAGAAUGCCUUAUGUGGCCCCUGUCUCUGAGCCUGAGCUUUAUGUACGAUUGUUAGUCACGGAUCGACGAUACGCUGGCAGCAAGAUCGGCACGCGCCUUUUAGAACACGCCCGUGAUGUUGCCAACAAAGCUGGAGCCUUACUGUUACGGGUGGAUUGCUAUGCAGGCGGCGACGGCAAAUUGGUUCAAUACUACGAGUCUCAGGGGUUUAAGCGAUUUGAAAGUUUUAAGGUGAAAGGCGAAUGGCCCUGCCAAGUGCUUGCUCAACGGUUAGAUGAGGGGAGAGAAGCAGAGAGCGGUUAA